CCCCAGAUCGAGGUAACCCAAAAAUUCAGAAGAACUCUAAUUCAGAAAAACCGAAGAAAUUACUGAAGUAUGAGUGGGGAGCUGAAGAGGGACUACGAGAUCGGCGAGGAGAUCGGUCGCGGCCGCUUCGGGGUGGUCCACCGGUGCACGUCCCGCGCCACCGGCGAGGCCUUCGCCGUCAAGUCCGUGGACCGUUCGCAGCUGGCCGACGACCUCGACCGCGAGCUCGCGCAGCUGGAGCCGAAGCUGGCUCAGCUCGCCAGCGCGGGCAACCCCGGCGUGGUGCAGGUGCACGCGGUGUACGAGGACGAGGCGUGGACGCACACGGUGAUGGACCUGUGCACGGGCCCGGACCUGCUCGACUGGAUGGGCCUCCGCCGCGGCGAGCCGGUGCCGGAGCCCGUGGCGGCCGCCAUCGUGGCGCAGCUCGCCCAGGCGCUGGCGCUGUGCCACCGCCGCGGGGUGGCGCACCGCGACGUCAAGCCCGACAACAUCCUCAUCAACGCCGCCGCCGAGGAGGACGAGGAGGAGGAGGACGGCCGCGGGGCGGCGCCGCGCGCGCGCCUGGCGGACUUCGGGUCCGCGGCGUGGGUGGGCGCGGGGGGCCUGGGCCGCGCGGAGGGGCUGGUGGGGACGCCCCACUACGUGGCCCCCGAGGUGGUGGCCGGCGGCGAGUACGGCGCCAAGGCCGACGUGUGGAGCGCCGGGGUGGUGAUGUACGCGCUGCUGUCCGGCGGCGCGCUCCCCUUCGUCGGCGAGAGCGCCGCGGAGGUGCUGGCGGCCGUGAUGCGCGGCAGCGUGCGGUUCCAGCCCAGGCUGUUCGGCGGCGUGUCCCCGGCGGCCAAGGACCUGAUGCGGCGCAUGAUCUGCCGCGACGAGUGGAGGAGGUUCACCGCCGAGCAGGUCCUCGCUCACCCGUGGAUCGUGACCGGCGGCGGAGCCCGGGCAAUGGAGCAGCCGACCUGAGGAGACAUACCCCCCCACCGGCGGACCAUGGCCAGCGGGCGGGCGUGUAUCGCCGUACAGAUAAGAUACGGCGACGAAUACCGACGUUGUGUAUACGGUUUUGUACGUACGGACUACGGAGCAGGGAUGUACGCUGCCGCCGGCUGCAGAGUAGCAUCGCGUCCCGGUGCCGCCGCAGCAGAGCAGGUCGAUCGGCGACGAAGCUUCCAGGCUUCUGGUUCUCUUCGCCCGGUUUUUGGGAUGCUCUUUUGCCUAACAGAGCGCCCUUCCGGUUUUCGGCUCUUUUUUUUUUGAAGUACUUUAGUAGCUGGGUGUAUAUACACUGACCGUCUUGUAUAAAUGGAAGCUUGAAUAAUAAACGGAGCCGGCCCUCGCGCUCCCUUUCCAUA